CCCACAUCGAGGGCGCGGGCUCUAUUGGUUGGGUCUUGUCGGGUCGCAGCGACAGCGGGCGCCAUUGAGGGGCCAGAGAGGGAGGGAGGAGACGGAGGAGGAGGAAGAGCGGCUGAGGCGUCGGCAGAUUCUUCUGUAACCAUGAGUGAAUGUGAGAGAGAAUGACAUUAGAGACUUAAACAUCUCCUUAAGACACAGUCAUGUUGGAAGGUCUUGUAGCCUGGGUUCUUAAUACUUAUUUGGGCAAAUAUGUCAGUAAUUUGAACACUGACCAACUUUCUGUAGCACUUCUAAAAGGUGCAGUUGAAUUGGAAAACUUACCCCUUAAGAAAGAUGCCUUAAAAGAACUGGAAUUACCAUUUGAAGUAAAAGCAGGUGUUAUUGGGAAGAUAACACUUCAGAUUCCCUUCUACCGUCCUCAUGUGGAUCCUUGGGUGAUCUCUAUCUCAAAGCUUCAUUUAAUUGGUUCCCCUGAAAAACUACAGGAUUUCAAUGAUGAAAAGGAGAAGCUAUUGGAGAGGGAGCGUAAGAAAGCAUUACUACAAGCCCUGGAAGAAAAGUGGAAAAAUGAAUGUCAGCAGAAAGGAGAAUCCUAUUGGUACUCUGUCACAGCCUCUGUGGUCACCAGGAUCGUGGAGAAUAUCGAAUUAAAAAUUCAAGAUGUUCAUUUGCGAUUUGAAGAUGACAUGACCAAUCCUUCCCACCCUUUUGCCUUUGGCAUCUGUAUAAAAAAUGUGUCUAUGCAAAAUGCUGUGAAUGAGCCUGUGCAGAAAUUAAUGAGGAAAAAAGAGUUAGAUGUGGCUGAAUUCAGUAUCUAUUGGGAUGUUGAUUGCACUUUAUUGGGGGAUUUACCUCAAGUGGAGUUACAGGAAGCAAUGGACAAGAGCAUGGAAAGCCGGAAUCACCACUACAUCCUAGAGCCUGUGUGUGCAUCUGCCCUUUUGAAAAGAAAUUGUUCCAAGGAGCCGCUGAGGUCCCGGCACACUCCUCGAAUUGAGUGUGAUAUCCACCUGGAGACCAUCCCCCUAAAGCUUUCUCAGUUGCAGUAUCGGCAAAUUAUGGAAUUCCUCAAGGAGCUGGAGCGAAAGGAGAGACAACUGAAGUUUCGAAAAUGGAAACCCAAAGUAGCAAUAUCCAAGAAUUGUCAGGAGUGGUGGUACUUUGCUUUGAAUGCUAAUUUGUUUGAGAUCAGAGAGCAGAGGAAACGAAGCACUUGGGAUUUCGCAUUGCACAGGGCCCGUGAUGCUGUCUCCUACACUGAUAAGUAUUUCAAUAAGUUGAAAGGAGCCUUGCUAUCUGCAGAUGAGGAGGAGGAAAUGUGUCGAAUCGAGGAGGAACAGAGUUUUGAAGAGCUAAAGAUUUUACAUGAGUUGGUUCAUGACCGAUUCCACAAACAGGAAGAACUGGCAGAGAGCCUACGAGAGCCUUUAUCAAAUUCUCCUGGAGAAUCCCCUGUAGACCCAGAAGCUGGUGGAGGCAGUGGGAUGCUACAAUAUCUUCAGUCUUGGUUUCCUGGAUGGGGUGGCUGGUAUGGUCAGCAAACUCCUGAAGGGAGACCAAUUGAAGGUCUAAUCACAGAAAAACAAGAACAGUGGAAUCCUGAAGAAAUUCUGGGCACUGAAGAAUUUUUUGAUCCAACUGCAGAUGCUUCUUGCAUGAACACAUUCACAAAGAGAGACCAUGUCUUUGCUAAACUGAAUUUGCAACUACAGCGUGGGAUGGUCACUUUGUUACAUCAGGAGAAAGGGUCUCCUCCAGAGAAUGAGAGUGCUUUCAUGCAGCUUGAAUUUUCAGAUGUGAAACUCUUAGCAGAAUCCCUACCCCGGAGAAAUUCUUCUUUACUUUUGGUUCGAUUGGGUGGAUUGUUUCUCCAAGACCUGGUGACUGAAGGAACAAUGUUUCCCCUUCUUGUCUUUCCUAAUCCUCAAAAAGAAGUUGGCAGUGUUUCACAAUCUCUUGGUCUCCAAACAUCUUCAGACAAGAGUGAUCAGUGUCCUGCUACUGAUCCAGAUUCUCCUGUUUUUGAGAUGCUGUAUGAGAAGAAUCCAGUACACAGCCACUUUGAGAGGCGACUGAAUGUCAGCACUAGGCCCUUGAAUAUUGUUUAUAAUCCCCAGGCCAUUAAGAAAGUAGCAGAUUUUUUCUACAAGGGAAAGGUUCAUACCUCAGGUUUUGGCUAUCAAUCAGAACUUGAGUUGAGAGUUGCUGAAGCUGCUCGAAGACAAUACAACAAACUAAAAAUGCAGACAAAGGCGGAAAUCCGACAAACUAUUGACCGUUUGCUAGUGGGUGAUUUCAUUGAAGAGAGCAAACGUUGGACGGUUCGGCUGGAUAUUUCUGCUCCUCAGGUGAUAUUCCCGGAUGAUUUCAAGCUUAAGAAUCCUGUGUUAGUUGUUGUGGACUUGGGCAGGAUAUUGCUCACUAAUACUCAAGAUGAUUAUAAGAAGAAAAGUACAGAAGGUUCCUCUUCUGAUAUGAAUGAGCUUAGUGAUGAUGAAUAUAAAACACCUCUUGCCACACCUCCUAACACCCCACCUCUCCAGACAAGCAGCAGGAAUGGAGUGAAAACCCCACCAUUUCCUACAGUUGAAUUCAGUGAAGAGCAACUUCAAGCACAUUUAAUGAGCACAAAGAUGUAUGAAAGAUACUCCUUGUCAUUUAUGGACCUCCAGAUCAUGGUUGGACGAGUGAAAGACAAUUGGAAGCAUGUUCAGGACAUUGAUGUGGGACCAACCCAUGUGGUAGAGAAAUUCAAUGUGCAUUUACAGUUGGAACGCCGAUUGAUUUAUACAUCAGAUCCCAGGUACCCAGGGGCAGUACUCUCAGGUAAUUUACCAGAUUUGAAAAUCCACAUCAAUGAGGAUAAAAUAUCUGCCUUGAAGAAUUGCUUUGCUCUUUUAACCACUUCAGAAACGAAAUCUUCUGAUGUAUUGAUCAAAGAGAAGAUUUUUCCUGAAGAGGCACAUCGAGGAAGCUUGCAAGACUCGGUAAUGAAUUUAACUCAGAGCAUUGUGGUUUUGGAGCAGCAUACAAGGGAGGUUCUGGUGGAAUCUCAGCUCCUUUUAGCUGAAUUUAAAGUUAAUUGUAUGCAGCUUGGUGUUGAGAGCAAUGGUCGUUACAUUUCUGUGCUCAAAGUAUUUGGUACCAAUGCUCAUUUUGUGAAGAGGCCUUAUGAUGCUGAAGUGUCUCUCACUGUCCAUGGCUUACUCCUGGUGGACACUAUGCAGACUUAUGGUGCUGAUUUUGAUCUCUUAAUGGCUUCACACAAGAACUUGAGUUUUGAUAUUCCAACAGGAAGUCUCCGGGAUAGCAGGGCCCAGUCACCUGUCUCUGGACCUGAUGUGACCACACUGAGUGAUCGGUGUAUUGCAGCCACUAAUGUUGCACUUGACAAUAUAAUCACCAAAGAUCAAGAAUCACUCAUUAAGUUAGAAUACCAAUUUGUUAGUUCAGAAUGUCCCUCAAUGAAUUUAGACAGCACCCUCCAGGUGAUAUCAUUACAGGUAAAUAAUUUAGAUAUCAUCCUGAAUCCAGAAACAAUUGUAGAGCUGAUUGGUUUUCUUCAAAAAUCCUUUCCUAAGGAAAAAGAUGAUUCUAGCCCUCAGCCUUUAAUGACAGAUUUUGAAAGAAGUUUUAAAGAACAAGAAACAUACCAGUCAACUUAUGAGCAAAACACUGAAGUUGCAGUAGAUAUUCACAGACUUAAUUUGCUGCUCCUUCGGACAGUGGGAAUGACAAAUGGGGAAAAAUAUGGCAGAAAAAUUGCAACUGCAAGUAUAGGUGGAACCAAAGUUAAUGUCUCCAUGGGUAAUACGGUUGAUGUGAAUGGUUCCCUUGGUUGCUUGCAGCUCAUGGACUUGACACAAGAUAAUGUCAAGAACCAGUAUGUUGUCAGCAUUGGAAAUUCUAUAGGUUAUGAAAACAUUGUUAGUGAUAUUGGCUACUUUGAAUCUGUCUUUGUUAAAAUGGAAGAUGCAGCCCUUACAGAAGCACUGAGUUUCACAUUUGUUGAGAAGACUAAACAAGAAUGUUCCCUUAACCUCAAAAUGGCAUCCCUGCAUUAUAACCACUCUGCUAAAUUUCUAAAGGAGUUAACACUGUCCAUGGAUGAACUUGAAGAGAAUUUCCGAAGUAUGUUGAAAAGUGCAGCAAGCAAAGUCACCACAGUUUUGGCUACCAAGACUGCAGAGUACAGUGAGAUGGUCUCUCUCUUUGAAACACCUCGGAAGCCUAGAGAUCCUUUUGCCUUUGAGGAAAAUGAGGUCUAUGGUUUUGACCCAUGCACAACUGUGAGUGACACUGUUAAGCUUAUCUUAAAUGUCAACAUAGAAUCACCAGUUGUUUCAAUCCCUCGAAAGCCUGGAAGUCCUGAGCUAUUGGUAGGACAUUUAGGACGAAUCUUCAUCCAGAAUUUUGUGGCAGGUGAAGAUGAAUCAAGAAGUGAUCGGCUUCAGGUGGAAAUCAAAGACAUUAAACUAUACUCUUUGAACUGCACUCAGUUGGCAGGCAGGAAGGGUUCUGGAUCUGAAGUAAGCCAAUCCCUCCACCCUCCUUCUGGUCCUGCCAGUGUUACUAGCCAGGAGGAAACUCAUUUCACCCGUCAUGAUUUCUUUGAAUCUUUGCAUAGAGGUCAAGCUUUCCACAUUCUGAACAAUACCACCAUCCAAUUUAAACUGGAAAAGAUCCCUUUGGAGAGGGAAUGUGAGUUGACUUUCACUCAUUGCCCAGAUGAUGUGGGAAUCUCUAGUAUUAUGAAGAUAGAAGGCAAAUUUGUUAAUCCUGUUCAGGUGGUCUUGGCAAAACAUGUGUAUGAACAAGUUCUACAAACACUGGACAACCUAGUCUACAGUGAAGACUUGAAUAAGUUUACAUCCAAUUCUACCUCAUUGCCUAGCCCUAAUUCUCCUCUUCCUUCUCUCAGUGCUUGUGGUGAGCCCUGUGUUGAACGGAAAGAGAAUGGAUUGUUUAGCCAUUCCAGCUUUUCCAGUACUUCUCAGAAGUCAUUAUCUGUGAGAGAAGUAAAAUCUUUCACACAGAUCCAAGCCAACUUUUGUAUUUCAGAGCUUCAGGUUCAGUUGAGUGGAGAUUUGACCUUAGGAGCCCAAGGUCUUGUGAGCUUAAAGUUUCAAGAUUUUGAUGUUGAAUUUAGUAAGGACCACCCUCAAACUUUAUCCAUUCAGAUUGCUUUGCGCUCUUUGCUGAUGGAAGAUCUUUUAGAGAAGAAUCCAGAUUCAAAAUAUAAGAACCUAAUGGUGUCUCGAGGAGCUCCCAAGCCAUCUAGCUUGGUACAUAAAGAAUAUCUUUCCCAGUCUUGCCCCUUGGUAUCCAAUGUGGAAUAUCCUGAUAUGCCCCGGUCUCUACCUUCACACAUGGAAGAAGCUCCAAAUGUCUUUCAGUUGUACCAAAGACCAACCUGCGUGUCCCGGAAAAAGCAAAAAGAAGACAAAGGCAAAGAUUAUCCCUUGACCCCUCCUCCUUCUCCAACUGUGGAUGAACCUAAGGUCUUUUGUGGAAAAAGUAAAUUUGAUGAUUCCUUGGUCCAUAUCAAUAUAUUUCUUGUGGACAAGAAGCAUCCUGAGUUUUCUUCUUGCUAUAAUCGAAUCAACAGGAGUGUUGAUGUUGAUUUUAACUGCCUUGAUGUGCUGAUCACUCUGCAAACUUGGGUGGUAAUAUUAGACUUCUUUGGAAUUGGUUCCACUGCUGACAACCAUGCAAUGAAGGCAGAGCCUGCAGACAUUCAGCAUGCAGUAAAGUCUGAGUCCAGCACUGUGAUAGAGGCUGAUGUUCAGGAUCCAGUUAACACCAAGCUGGAUCUCAAGGUUCAUUCACUUUCUCUUGUGCUAAAUAAGACUACUAGUGAAUUGGCCAAAGCAAAUGUCUCUAAGCUGGUGGCUCAUCUGGAAAUGAUUGAGGGAGAUCUUGCUUUACAAGGAAGUAUUGGGAGCUUGUCUUUAAGUGACUUGACUUCUCAUGGAGAAUUCUACAGAGAGCGUUUUACUACAAGUGGAGAAGAGGCUCUCAUCUUCCAGAUAUAUAAAUAUGGACGACCUGAUCCAUUGCUCCAAAGACAGCAUGACAUUCGAGUGAACCUCCAGAUGGCAUCAGUGCAGUAUGUCCACACUCAGCGUUUUCAGGCUGAGGUGGUAGCCUUUAUUCAGCAUUUCACUCAGUUGCAAGAUGUCCUAGGACGCCAGAGAGCUGCUAUUGAGGGACAAACGGUGAGAGAUCAAGCCCAGCGCUGCUCUCGGGUUCUUCUAGAUAUUGAAGCUGGUGCUCCUGUUCUCCUCAUCCCAGAAAGUUCCAGAUCAAAUAAUUUAAUUGUAGCAAAUCUGGGGAAAUUGAAAAUUAAGAACAAGUUUCUCUUCGCAGGAUCCCCUGGGACCUUUUCCUUGCAAGGCAAGGAAUCUGCUCCUUUGUCUUCCCCAUUGGGUACUCCCAAACACAGCAUGAAGAAAACAGCAAGCAUUGAAGACUCCAAGGGUACCCAGUCAGAAGGGCUUUUCAUGAUUUCCCCUGGUGGAACCAGCAUGACACGCCUGAAAAAUGAACCCAUGCCCAACACUUUGACCAACCUGCCAGGGCAGCAGGCCCAUUCCCCUGUCAGCCGUGCUCCCAGUAGUCCAGAAGAUUAUAUUUGCCUGCUGGACUGUAUUGUUGUGGACCUACAGGACAUGGACAUCUUUGCUGCUGAGAGAAGGCCCCGGGAAUAUUCUAAGGCAUCAGAGAAUAUCAGUGGUGAUUUGACAUUCCCAUCCUACUCUGUCAGACAGACAGGGGGAAGUCUCCUAACUGAGCCCUGUCGGCUGAAAUUGAAGGUGGAAAGGAAUUUGGACAAGGAAAUAAGUCAUACAGUGCCAGACAUAACCAUUCAUGGGAACCUGUCCUCAGUUCACUGUUCACUGGAUUUGUAUAAAUAUAAGCUAAUUCGUGGCUUAUUAGAAAACAACCUUGGAGAGCCCAUUGAGGAAUUUAUGCGCCCUUAUGACUUGCAAGACCCCAGAAUUCAUACUGUGCUAAGUGGUGAAGUCUACACUUGUAUGUGCUUCCUCAUUGACAUGGUAAAUGUCAGUCUAGAACUUAAAGACAAAAAUGGGAAAGAAGGAUCUGGAUCUUUGGCCAGGUUCGACUUUAAGAAAUGCAAGCUGCUUUUUGAGAGUUUUUCCAACCAAACCAAAUCUAUAAACCUGGUUUCCCACUCCAUGAUGGCUUUUGACACCCGCUAUUCAGGGCAAAAGACAAGUCCUGGCAUGCCAAAUGUGUUCAACUGCAUCUUUCAACCUUCGAAGAACAGCACAACCCAAGGAUCAAUUCAGAUCGAAUUACAUUUUCGCUCCACCAAAGAUUCUUCCUGUUUUACAGUUGUUCUCAACAACCUCAGAGUGUUUCUCAUAUUUGACUGGCUACUGCUGGUCCAUGAUUUUCUCCAUACUCCCAGUGAUGUCAAGAAACCAGACAGUGUAACUCCUUCACGCCAACGUAAUUAUAACAGUGAGACAACUGUAUUCCCCAAAACCGUGAAAAGUGGGGUAGUUACCAAGCGGUCUUCCCUCCCGGUAUCUACAGAGAGGCAUCUGGAAGUCAAGGUUAAUGUGACAGGCACUGAAUUUGUGGUAGUUGAAGAUAUGUCCUGCUUUGAUACCAAUGCCAUUAUUUUAAAAGGAACCACAGUGCUCACCUACAAGCCCAGAUUUGUGGAUCGCCCUUUUUCUGGAAGCCUUUUUGGUAUUGAGGUGUUUUCAUGCCGCUUGGGGAAUGAACAGGACACAGCUCUCUCCAUUAUUGAUCCAGUACAAAUUCAGGUUGAGCUGGUGGGAAAUUCUUCUUAUCAAAACAGCUCUGGGUUGAUGGAUGCUUUCAAUAGUGAAGAUUUUCCCCCUAUCCUAGAGAUUCAUUUACAAAACCUGGACAUCAGACUCUCCUACAAUGAUGUUCAGCUGUUUCUGGCCAUUGCAAAAUCCAUUCCAGAGCAGGCUAGUGUUGCAGUGCCAGACUCGGCGGUUUUGGAGGCAGCCUCUGCUAGCAGUCACCUUCCAGGUUCCUCUUGGAGUUGUGAGACCCCAACAAUCUCAGAAACCAGGGACAGCCCCAGGCAUACUCUAGACCCCCUCCUAGAGUUACAGCUGGCCCGACUUCAAGAACUGGGUUUUAGCAUGGAGGAUUGUCGUCGAGCUCUCUUGGUGUGUCAAGGACAACUGAAAAAGGCAGCUUCUUGGUUGUUUAAAAAUGCUGAACCCCUAAAGUCUGUCUCACUAGUGUCUAACAGUAAAGAUAACCAGGGGACUCUGCCAACACAGUUGAUAUCUGGAGUAGAGAUUAAAGCUGAAAGUGUCUGCAUCUGUUUUAUUGAUGACUGCAUGGAUUGCGAUGUUCCCCUUGCUGAACUCACCUUUUCCCGUUUGAAUUUUCUCCAGCAUGUGAGAACUAGCCCUGAGGGUAAUGCCCAUUUUAUGCUUUCAGGAGAUUAUUAUAACCGUGCACUCUCAGGCUGGGAGCCAUUUAUUGAGCCAUGGCCAUGCUCUGUAUCCUGGGAACAACAGGCAGCUAGCCGCCUCCAUCCUCCAAGACUGAAGUUGGAAGCCAGGGCCAAACCUCGUUUGGAUAUCAAUAUCACCUCUGUAUUGAUAGAUCAGUAUGUAAGUACUAAAGAAUCAUGGAUGGCAGAUUAUUGUAAACAGGACAAGGAAAUGGAUAUAGUCAAAUCAGAAGGUUGGAUGGGCUCUUCUGUGGAUCCUCCAUGCUUCGGACAAAGCCUACCCCUUGUCUACCUUAGGACUAGGAGUACAGCCAGUCUGACUAACCUAGAGCACCAGAUCUAUGCUAGAGAGAUGAAAACUCCCAAGCGCCGACAACCAUUUGUCCCCUUUGCUCUGCGGAAUCAUACAGGGUGCACCUUGUGGUUUGCCACACUAACAACAACUCCAACCCGAGCAGCCUUGUCUCACAGUGGAAGUCCAGGACUGGUUCCAGAGGGAAAUAGAACGUUCCUUGAUGAUGCCCACAAUGUCAGUGAGUGGCGAGAAGUCCUUACAGGGGAAGAGAUUCCUUUUGAAUUUGAGGCAAGAGGAAAACUAAGGCACAGGCAUACUCAUGACCUUCGAAUCCACCAGUUGCAAGUAAGAGUGAAUGGCUGGGAACAAGUGAGCCCUGUGUCUGUGGACAAAGUGGGGACCUUUUUCCGAUAUGCUGCCCCUGACAAAAAUUCAUCAUCUUCCACGAUUGGCAGUCCUAGCAGCAAAACAAAUAUAAUACAUCCUCAGGUCUAUUUCUCUUCACUUCCGCCAGUCCGGGUGGUUUUUGCAGUGACCAUGGAAGGUAGUGCUCGAAAGGUCAUCACUGUGCGCUCAGCUCUGAUUGUGAAGAACAGGCUGGAAACACCAAUGGAACUAAGGCUGGAUAGCCCCUCUGCUCCUGACAAACCUGUUGUACUCCCAGCUAUCAUGCCAGGGGAUUCAUUUGCAGUUCCUUUACACCUCACUUCUUGGCGGUUACAGGCCAGGCCAAAGGGGAUGGGAGUGUUUUUUUGUAAGACUCCUAUCCACUGGACCUCUGUAGUGAAGACCUCAGAGGUUAGUAGCAGCAAAAGGGAGUGCCAUUCAAUGGAUACAGAAAAAAGCAGAUUUUUCAGGUUUUGUGUGGCUAUAAAAAAAGAGAAUUAUCCAGAUUAUAUACCCUCAAAAAUAUUAUCUGACAGUGCUAAACAGAUUUUCAGACAGCCUGGGCACACUAUUUAUCUCCUGCCAACUGUGGUAAUCUGUAACUUGCUACCUUGUGAACUCGACUUUUAUGUUAAAGGGAUGCCAAUUAAUGGGACACUGAAACCUAGCAAAGAGGCAGCCCUUCAUACAGCAGAUACAUCUCAGAACAUUGAGUUGGGAUUGUCUCUAGAGAAUUUCCCACUAUGUAAAGAACUCCUAAUUCCUCCUGGGACCCAAAACUACAUGGUGCGAAUGCGACUGUAUGAUAUCAACCGGCGGCAGUUAAAUCUUACCAUCCGGAUUGUGUGUCGAGCAGAAGGGUCCUUGAAAAUCUUUAUAUCUGCUCCUUAUUGGCUGAUCAACAAAACAGGGUUACCACUUAUCUUUAGACAAGACAAUGCAAAAACAGAUGCUGCUGGACAGUUUGAGGAACAUGAGCUGGCUCGAAGCUUAAGUCCCCUUUUAUUCUGUUAUGCUGACAAAGAACAGCCAAACCUCUGUACUAUGAGAAUUGGAAGGGGAAUUCACCCUGAAGGUGUGCCUGGCUGGUGCCAGGGCUUUUCACUGGAUGGUGGGAGUGGCGUUCGAGCCCUUAAAGUGAUCCAACCAGGAAACCGGCCUGGCCUGAUUUAUAACAUUGGUAUUGAUGUCAAAAAAGGCCGAGGUCGUUACAUCGAUACUUGCAUGGUCAACUUUGCACCUCGUUAUCUGCUAGAUAAUAAAUCAUCUCACAAGCUAGCUUUUGCACAGAGAGAAUUUGCCAAGGGACAGGGAACAUCCAAUCCUGAAGGUUAUAUCUCUACCCUCCCUGGUUCCAGUGUGGUUUUUCACUGGCCCCGAAAUGAUUACGACCAGCUUUUAUGUGUGCGGUUGAUGGAUGUCCCCAACUGCAUUUGGUCUGGAGGCUUUGAAGUCAACAAGAAUAACUCAUUCCAUAUCAACAUGAGAGAUACCCUAGGCAAAAGUUUCUUCCUUCGAGUGGAAAUUACUCUCCGAGGAGCCACAUAUAGAAUUUCAUUCAGUGACACAGAUCAGUUGCCUCCUCCUUUCCGAAUUGACAACUUUUCCAAGGUCCCAGUUGUCUUUACUCAGCAUGGUGUGACUGAGCCCAGGCUCCGAACUGAAGUGAAACCCAUGACCUCAUUGGAUUAUGCGUGGGAUGAACCUAUCCUGCCUCCUUUCAUCACAUUAACUGUUAAAGGAGCAGGCUCCUCAGAGAUCAGCUGCAACAUGAAUGAUUUCCAGGACAACUGGCAGCUUUAUUAUGAAAACUUCAUCUAUAUAGCUGCUACAUAUACAUUCUCAGGGUUGCAGGAAGGAACUGUUAGGCCUGUGACUUCCAAUAAGGACGUUACUUGUGGAGAACUUGUCCUUGAUGUCUCACCCAAGACCCAAAGAGUGAUAUUAAAGAAAAAGGAACCAGGAAAAAGAUCUCAGCUGUGGAGAAUGACUGGGACUGGUGUGUUGGUCCAUGAAGGUUCUUCAGUCCCUCAUAACCCUAAUAAGCCUGCAGCUUCUCGAACCAUUGAAGGGUCCGCCAUUCUAGAUAUUGCUGGUCUUGCUGCUGUUACAGACAACAGAUAUGAGCCUCUGAUGCUAAGGAAGCCUGAUCGGCGGCGAAGUACAACACAGACAUGGAGUUUCCGAGAAGGAAAGCUGACUUGUGGGUUGCAUGGGCUUGUUGUACAGGCAAAAGGAGGACUCUCUGGUUUAUAUGAUGGGGCUGAAGUUGUUCUUGGUCCUGAUACUUCUCUGGAGCUUUUGGGACCAGUUCCACCUGAGCAACAAUUCAUUGAUCACAAAAUGAGGCCUGGAUCUGGAAUAUUAGCUAUUAAAGUUAUUCCAGAUGGACCAACUCGAGUACUCCAGAUAACAGACUUCAGCCAGAGGAAAAGCGAUCGUUCAUCAUAUGAAGUGGAUGACCUUCCUGUUACUGAACAAGAGUUAAGGAAGUUUAAGAGCCCAGAUACAAAGCAAGAGUUGGAAGUUCUUGUGAAACUAGAAGGUGGAAUCGGGUUGUCUUUAAUUAAUAAAACCCCAGAAGAACUAGUGUUUGCCAGCCUGACAGGAAUCAAUGUUCACUACACACAACUUGCAACCAGUCACAUGCUUGAACUCAGCAUUCAGGAUGUACAGGUGGACAAUCAGCUCAUUGGCACCACCCAGCCCUUCAUGCUUUUUGUAACCCCCUUGAGUAAUGAGAAUGAAGUAAUUGAGACGGGUCCAGCAGUACAAGUCAAUGCAGUCAAGUUCCCCAGUAAGAGUUCCCUCACUAACAUCUACAAGCAUCUGAUGAUCACAGCUCAGAGAUUCACGGUGCAAAUUGAAGAGAAACUACUCCUUAAACUGUUAAGUUUCUUCGGCUAUGACCAGGCAGAAUCAGAGGUGGAAAAAUAUGAUGAAAAUCUCCAUGAAAAGAGUAAUGAACAGGAUGGGACACCAACCCGAUACUACUUUGAAAACCUCAAAAUUAGUGUACCUCAGAUCAAACUGAGUGUAUUCACAUCCAGCAAACUGCCUUUAGAUCUCAAGGCCCUAAAAAGCACCUUGGGAUUUCCACUCAUUCGAUUUGAAGAUGCUGUAAUCAACUUGGACCCAUUUACCAGAGUUCACCCAUAUGAGACAAAAGAGUUUAUCAUUAAUGAUGUCCUCAAACACUUCCAAGAGGAACUCCUUAGUCAAGCUGCUCGAAUACUGGGGUCAGUUGAUUUCCUUGGCAAUCCUAUGGGGCUUCUGAAUGAUGUAUCUGAAGGUGUUACUGGAUUAAUAAAGUAUGGAAAUGUUGGGGGCCUUAUCCGAAAUGUCACACAUGGAGUAUCAAACUCAGCUGCCAAGUUUGCUGGGACUUUAUCAGAUGGUUUGGGGAAGACCAUGGAUAAUCGCCAUCAAACAGAACGAGAAUAUAUUCGAUACCAUGCAGCAACGAGUGGGGAACAUCUUGUGGCUGGCAUCCAUGGCCUGGCUCAUGGUAUCAUUGGUGGAUUGACCAGUGUAAUAACCUCGACAGUAGAAGGUGUGAAAACCGAAGGGGGUGUCAGUGGCUUCAUAUCUGGUCUUGGAAAAGGACUUGUUGGCACAGUGACCAAGCCAGUGGCUGGAGCCCUAGAUUUUGCAUCAGAAACAGCUCAGGCGGUGAGAGACACAGCUACACUCAGUGGCCCCAGCCAACUUCACCUCAUCUUCCUUUGCCAUAGCUGCUGGUUUGGGAUUCUAAAUCAAAGAAAUAUAUGUGAAGUAUGUAUUAAUCAUAGCCCAAGCUGAAGCCCACUGAAGUCAAGCAUGGGUUUAUUGUGAUUAUCUGGUGAAAUAAAUAGAUUUUCCAGAAGACUGUUAGGGUAAUAUUAUCAUUUUUUGAAUUCACUAUCUGAGAUCUUCAACCAGCUUGUGGAAAUUUGGACAGGUGCAGAAAUAUGUGCAUUUCAGUACAUAAAAGACUAUAAUUUCACCUAUGUAGGUACAAGGAUCUUAUUUCAACAAAACAUUCAUCAUAUGUUUUAUUAAAUGCCUGCUGUUAUCCUGGGUAAUAUGGAUACAAAGAGAGAAAUGAAAGAACAGAUGAAUUCCAGAGAUAGAUCAAAAACCUAGCACAAAUACUUGAUGCAAUAAUGAUGGUGAAUUUGAGUUAUCCAGACAGCAUACAGAAAGCAAUAAAUCCUUCCAUCCUUGAUCCUUUUGGUGUUGAGGACACCCUGAUCCUCUUAAUCUAGGUUCUCAAUCUAGGUUUUAUUCUCAAUUCCUCACUCUCUAAUCCCCCAUGUCCAGUCUGUUUCCAAGACUUGUUAACAUCUCUCCCAUUCAUACCCUUCUCUUUUCUGGCACUGCCAACACCUUUGUGUGAAGGCCUUCCUCACUUCACACCUAGAUUAUUUACAGUUAUGACUAGAGGAUCUGCCUGCCUUGAGUCCCUGCUCUAGCACCUGCUCUACUCAACCUGUAAAGGAUAAUUUUAGCAUUGUGAGCUAAACUAUGUUAAUUAUUGGCCACCAUGGAUAUCUCAAAUAACAAAAAAAAAAAUACCCAAGUCAGUCUGGAAAUUUAUGGUGAUUUAAUUAAUAUAGUGGAAAGAAAUUUAAGAAGAAGGGAGAAGAAACGGGUGUAGGAUUUCUCCCGCCUGGCUUGUGCUGGGCGGGAAGAUUAGAGGCUCUAGAAGGUAAGGUUUUGGAGAGUAAAAGAGGAAGGAGUCAACCUGAACUCCAAGAGGGCUCAGCCAAGAUACCUGAACCUGAAUUAGCUCAAGGGCAAAUUCACCGGGAAAAGAGCCUGAAGAGAGCAAGUGACUUGCCCUAUGUAGACGAUUUUAUGUCACUUCCCUGUGUGUCAUCUGUACCAAUGUUAGCUUAGCUUGACUUAGGACAGCCCAGGGGUCUGUCCGCUAUUUCUGCACAUGUCUGUUGAAGGCCAUUUUCUCAAAUACUGUGAAUAUUAAAAACUGUAAAUGCCAAAACUGUAAAGGUUUUGGCCAAACUGGUAAAGAUAAUUUUUAGUGUUUUGACUUAAAAUCUAAAUAAGUGGUCGCCAUGGGAAAUUCCCAAAUAUGAAAAUACCCAAGUCAGCUGGGAUUUUUAUGGAGGUUUAAUUAAUAUAAAAUGAAGGAAUUAAGGGAAGGAGAGAGAGAGAGAAUAGCCACACAGUAGAAAAGGGCCUAGGCCAAAAGGGCCUAGGCCAAAAUGGCCUAGGCCUGAGCCUAAGGGAGAGCGAGUCAGUCUUUAUCACUCACCACAACAUUGUCUCUAAGCAAGCUUCACUCCUCCACUGAAUCUCCUGAACUGAGAGUUCAGAAUACUUAAUUCUUAAAUAUGGUGCAGACAUUCCUGACCUUGCCAAACUAAAUAGGGUGGAGAAAUGUAGAGUUCCCAAGACUUGAUUUUGUUAAACCAAGUAUCUCCAUUGUUACUAAUCAGGAGAUAGCUAAAUCAGAUCUUCUAAAGUAGGAUGGAGUAGUUUUAAAAUUUACAAACUACCAAAGUGUCUUCCUAAAGUGCAGAUCUGACAGUUUCACCUCCCCUUACUCCAUGAACUUGAAUGGCUCCCUACUGCUUCCAGGAUCAAAGAUAAAAGCCCCAUUUUGUUUUAUAAAGCCUUCAAUUCAUAACCUGAUUCCUUUCUGCCUUUCUAGGCUUCUUAUAUUCUACUUUCCUCCAUAUACUCUAUAAUCCAGUGACAACUCCAUGAAUUUUUACUGGCUGUCUUCUAUGCAUGGAAUGCUCUCCCUUUUGCCCUUCAUCUCUCUUCUUCCUUGACAUCUUUCAGUUAUUAACUAAAAUUUCAUCUUUUCAAGAAGUCUUUUUUAGUCCCCUUUCAUUCUAGCAUCUUCCUUCCAAGAUUAUAAUUUAUCCUGAAUACAUCUUCUAUGUACAUAGUUGUUUGCAUAUUGUCUCCCUCAUUAGGGCAUGAACUCUUUUAAAGCAGGGACUAUUUUCAGCUUUUCUUUGUAGCCCUAGCACUUGGCACAGUGCCUGGCAUGUAGUAAGUGUAUAAUAAAUGCUUGUUGACUGUCUUGACUGAGCUUGAUAUCACAUGGGAGGAAAUAGCCAUUAUCUCUCAUGUUCAAGUUCUAAGUCACACUUGUGUUCUAAGUCAGCUACAAGCAAUGACACAUAAUGGAGGGAGGAGUAUAAGAUGUUGACAUUCUUGUAUGAAUGUCAGGAGUGUUCAAGCUUGGAGUGAGCUGAUGCUGACAAAGAUAGCUAAGGACAAAAACAGUUUGGAUUUUUUCAGCUAUAUUGGGAGGGAGAAAAUCAAACAAAGGGAUUAAUGAGAUAUAGUGGUAAUAGAUGACAUAGAAAAGGUAGUGCUGCCCAACUUUUAUUCUGCUUCUAUUUUCUUUGCAAAAAAAAAAUUUCUUUGGUUGGAAAUAAGCUAGAUAAAAAGUGUCUGAUAGGGUUAUGAUGCUUAAGAUAAAAAAGAUAAGAGAUCACCCCUUCUUACUUUGAUGAGUUCAUAUCAUCUAUCCCAUAUGAACUAUAGGAUACAUAAAGAUUUGGCAAUUAUUACUCAAGAAUAAAAUAUUGCAUGGUAAAGUUUAGGAUUCAAAAAACAUCUUAGCAAGUUAUAGAGCAUUGAUUCAAACUGAAAAGAUAAAAUUAAUAGACAUUAUUGUAAAGCCUUAUAUUUGGGUUCAGCGAAUUUGUUUCUUAAGGGCACAAUAGAGCGAGGCAUGAUUAGAGAACAGUUUGUUAGAAAAAGGUUUGUAGAUUUUAGUGAAUUACAAGCUCAGUAUGAGUCAUCAGUGAGAUGUGACAUGCCAAACAGCUAAUUCUAGGCUGCAGUGAGAGACAGAGUGGUUAAGAAUCAGGUAAUCCUUCUACUUGUACUCCACCCCAUUGAGAUCACAUCUAGAGAAAUGAGUAUUCUAGCAGCCAUAUUUUAGCAAGGAUUCAUAAGCUGGAGGGCAGCUCUCCUCAAAGGAGGGCAACCAGAAUUCUUGUUCAAUGAGUAUUGCUGCUAGGAAUCUUUGGAAUCAAGAUCAGAAGACUUAUGUGAAAUAGAAGAGCUAUUUUCAAUGUGUGAAGAGGGAUUAAACUUGUUCUACUUAGCCCCACAGGCUAAAAUAGGAACAAAUUUAGGCUUGAUCUCUAAAGGAGGCUUCCCAGCAUCUAUAAGCUAUCCCCAAAGUAUGAUGGGUCUCUUUCACAUGAAGUUUUCAAACAAAAGUUGAAAAAGAUACAGAGGAUUAGAGAUGUGUUCUUGUUCUGAUACAGGUUGGACUGGAUAGCUUUGAGAUCUCUUCCAGCAUUAGGACUCUGCAAUUUCUAUGAAGAUCUGGACUCAGGCAAUCAUCCCCCCCCCCCAAGAUAUAUGUAUUAUUAGACUUCACAUCCAACAAGGUGUCAUAAUCUAGUAAUUUUUCAUCAGUUUGGUUUUUCUUAAGUCUGAUUUCUUUGGAUUAUUCAUGGUUUUCAUUGAGCAGGCCUUACAUUGUUCUGUGGUUUGAUGUAAUCAAAAUAAUGUCCUUCACAAGCACAAACACCUGGAUUAUAUCAUCACUUAUGAGGAAUCUCUUUCCCAUGUGACCUUUCUUCACAACAUGAUGAUAACUAGAUGACAUCUUUGGUGAGCAUGGCUCCCUGUUUUAUGUCUUGCUUGAUGUGGAUAUUCAAAGGAUUUGUGAAUAUAAUCUUCUCUGUGGUUUCCUCCAUCAUAGAAUCUAGUGUAUGAUCAGCAUGUAUUUGUGAAACACCCUCUUGAGGAUACCCUUUAAGACUGUGUUUUGUUUUGUUUUUUACAUUAUUAAAUGCCUUUUUUUUAAUCGAUAAAACACAUUCUCAACAAGAUCUUAUAUUUUCUGUAUCUCACUUUGCCAUUCAAAGAGACAUGCUAGUCAAAAGCAGCACUGAGUUAGAGGACAAAAUCAUUUUUAAAAUCUUUCAUAGAAAGAUGAUAGAAAAUUACAAACAGUUGUCUCAGAAUAGUGAAAGGAACAGAGAAGAAAAUGAGCCUAUUUAAAAGCUAGAUGUGAGGCUCAGCCAGAGCACUUUUAAAUGAAAAUGAAAGGAGAGCAACAAAUGUGAGUGAAAUGAAACAGAGCUGCCAAGAUUUUUGUAGAGACCUCUUCUCAAUGAUAGUUAUACUAUAAUAUUUAAUUUCUAGUCACUUAAUACCUUAAGUGCUUUAUGAAGAAAGUAGAAAUGGCACUCGAUGCUGGAAUGGAUAUGGCAAAGUUAGGAUGGUAAUGCACUGCUGGUGAAGUUGUGAAUUGAUCCAACCAUUCUGGAUGGCAAUUAAGAACUAUGCCCAAAGGGCGCUAAAAGACUGUCUUCCCUUUGAUCCAGUCAUAGCACUGCUGAGUUUGUACCCCAAAGAGAUAAUAAGGAAAAAGACAUGUACAAGAAUAUUCAUAGCUGCGCUCUUUGUGGUGGCAAAAAAUUGGAAAAUGAGGGGAUGCCCUUCAAUUGGGGAAUGGCUGAACAAAUUGUGGUAUAUGUUGGUGAUGGAAUACUAUUGUGCUCAAAGGAAUAAUAAACUGGAGGAAUUCCAUGUGAACUGGAAUGACCUCCAGGAACUGAGGAGAGUGAAAGGAGUAGAACCAAGAGAACAUUAUACACAGAGACUGAUACACUGUGGUACAAUCGAAUAUAAUGGACUUCUCCAUUAGUGGCAAUGCAGUGAUCCUGAACAACACUGAGGGAUCUUUAAGAAAGAACACUAUCCACAUUCAGAGUUAAAACUGUGAGAGUAGAAACACCAAAGAAAAACAACUGCUUGAUUACAUUGGUCGAUGGGGAUAUGAUUGGGAAUGUAGACACUAAAUGAUCAUCCUAGUGCAAACAUCAACAACAUAGAAAUAGGUUCUGAUCAAGGACACAUGUAAUACCCAGUGGAAUUGCGCAUCAUGGGAAGGGAGGGAAGGAAAGAACAUGAUUCUUGUAACCAAAGAAUAAUGGUCUAAAUUGAUGAAAUAAAAUUAAAAUUAAAAAAGAAGAAAUGGCACUUGAAAAAUGAAGUCCAGAAAAUACUGAGCUUCCAAGUGCAUGUGGAGGAAACCUGUAAGGAGGCAAUUGUAAGGGCACUCAGGGAUUAACCUUCAAGAUACUUGAAAGAGGAAAGACCGCAAUAAAAUGAGAAAAGAUUAUUCUCAUAUUUGAAAAAGUGAUUGAAAAGACAUCUUUAAUUACAGACCUGUGCUUUGUCUUCUUUAAAAUCUUUUCAAAGAAUGAAGAAUGGAUAUUUUGCAUUUUUUCUGAGAGAAUCCUCAAUAAAAAUAAGAAAACUAAUAACUUAGAUAAUUCUUUGUAGCAAAAAGCUUCUUCAUUGUUAGAUAAUUGACUUAGAAAUAUAAAAAAUAUUUACAUAAAGUUUGGGGUUUUGUUUCCUCACCAUUUAUGAUAUUUUCUGAUAGCUUUUGCAUUUGUUGUAUAUUCUGUAUCAUAUACAAGAGCCUAAGAAAUUUGCAUUUGCCAUUUCAUUCAGGAAAGUAAAACUACUGAUGAGUGAGUAAAUAAGAUGUGCUAGAUUUUCAAAGGUUAUUCAUUCAGUCAUCAAGUUCAUGGGAGACAGUCCCUGACCUGUAGGAACUAAUAUUCAGGAAAGAACAAUAUAAUCUGUUUGCAGGUAAUAAAUAUAGGACAUAUAAAAAUUAAGUACACAGGGUGGGAUAGGUAGUCCUAAUUUCUAGGAAAAGUCUCUUAAAGGAUUUGAAACUUAAGUUUCACUUUGGAGGGUUCUAGGAUUUUCAAAGUGGCAGAGGUUAGGAGAAAGAAUUCCAGGCAUGGGUGACAACCUAUGUAAAGAGAUAAAGGCAGUAGAUAAAAUGUCAUGUGUGGAAAAUAUGACCAAUUUGACCGACUUGCAGUAUGGAUGGGGUGGGGAGUCAUUUGUAAUCAGCCUAGAAAGAUAAACAAGAACUAGAUUGUGAAGGGCUUUAAUCCUCAGGUUGGUAAGAAGCUUCUUGAACAUGGGAGUGACAUGUUCUGAUCAAUACUUUCUUAGCAGGUGUAUGAAAAAUGUUUUGGAGGAAUACUAGAGGUUGUUGAAAUUCUCCAGGUAAGAUGUGAUGAGUACUUGGACUAGGAUGAUCAUGGUAUAAAUUGAGAGGGGACAAAUAUAGGAGGUAUUGAAGAAUUAUAAUCAACAACAAGUAAUUUGAUUGGAUAGGAAGGCAAAAUAAGAGUGAAGACUCAAGGAUGCUCCAAACUAACACUUGAGUGACAGGUGAAUAAAAGCAGGAAAGUUAGGAAAGGUAUUUGGAAGAGCCCCUGUUCUGCUUAAGUUUCCAAGGGUUCUAGUGCCUUUAAUGGUUUUAAUUAUUAUUUUAAUUAAUGCACUUUAUCAGUAUUGCCUGAAAAAACUAAUUUGAAUGUAUAUAACGUUGGUUGGAUAAUUUAAUCAAAUCUAAGCACCUUAUGUAGGUAUGUGAGAUAAGGCUUGGAAAAGGAGCUACUCUCUCAGUCUCACCAGUUACCUUAGAUAGCCUCUAAGUUAUUUCUCUAGUCCCAAUCAUGGAGACAACAUGGUAGAAUAAAAGGAUGACUGGCACCGGAAUCAGAGGCCUUUGGUUCACAUCACACCUACAAAGUUUUCUCUCUAUGACCUUGGGUAACACUACAUCUACUUACCUCAACUGGUGGGGGUGGAUGAGAUUCUUGACAGCUCAGAAUUUCUGACCCUAUGAAAGAUGAGGGAACAAGGUUUUCCUGCCCUUGGUCAUCCUAUUUUAGAACAUGACAGUGUGUCCAAUGUCUCAAAUUUUUAAUGUUCUUUUAGUAUUUCUAGUAAAGUUGUUGAAUUGUCUCUGACUUUUUGUGACCCCAAGGACCAAAGCAAGCCAGACCCUUCUGUCCCCUACCAUCUUCUAAAGUCUAGCCUACCUUAUGUUUGCUUCUUUCAUGGCACUAUCUAUCCAUCUCAUCCUCUGCUGUAAUAUCCUUCUCCUUUUGCCUUCAGUCUUUUCCAACAUCAAGAUCUUUUCAGUGAGUCUUGUCUUCUCAUUAUACAUUUAAGCCAAAAUAUUUAAAGCUUUAGCCUCAACACUUGAUCUUCCAGUGAAUAGUCUCAAUUAAUUUCUUCCUGACUAAUUUGAUUGCUUUGCUGUGCAGCUAGUAAUAGUAGAUGAUGUUUAUUGAUAACUGAUUCACUGAACAGAGCUAUCUUUGCCUCUCUGGUUUUCCCAUCUCUUGCCUCACCUCUUAAAAUAAUCAAAACUUUAGAAAAGAAGCUUUCUCUCUAGAGCCAGGCAUGAUGUCACACUGGAGAAUGACUUGCCAUUUAGUGGGGCUCCAUUCCUUAUAACUUACUAUUACAGUUUUAUAUCACAACUUACAGAUGAAAAUGUUGAGGCACAGAGCACCUGAACUUUUUGCUACAAGUCCAGGUGCUAUUGAGCAACAACCUUAAAACUAAAAUGCAAACUGCAGCUUCCUAAUUAAGCCCAGAGUAGCAGCUUGCAGGUUUCCCAUCUGAAGGAUUGCUCCCAGGUUUAUUAUUGCCUUUAUUUUAGAGGCAAAAGUUUUAAGUGAUGAACAAUCUUUAGCCAGAGAUCAUAGCAAGAGAAGGGACCUUAGAGAUAAAAGAACAAAUUUUGAAUCACUUAUCUCGAUCCUUAGGAGUGCCUCUAACAUAGCUAUCACAUAUGGAAAUAGGAGGAUAAAUGGCGUGUGUAUCAGUUUUAUGCAAAAUGGAGACUCCAUAAACUUCCAUAUAAACAUUCAUCAUCACAUUAAAUAAAACUACCUGAAGGUCACGUCCUUGAACCAUCUCUUUUGGGUCCUAGAUGUCUUCACAUGACUGUAAUAAGGAAGUGACAGUCUCUGGGCUUUAACUUCUUCAUUUGAAAAUACCCAUUGGUUAUAUUACAACAUUUGAAAUAGAAUUGGAUUGUCUUCUGCCAUGAAAGUCUUCCAAUUAGGUAAUUAAUCUGAGUUCCCAUAUCACCUGAAAUUCUAUUAUAAAAUUUAGUGUCUGUAGAAAGAAUUACUGUUACUUUCUAAUUGCCUGUUAAUAAGAUAUGAUCAGAAUGAUUGGAAGCACAGCAUUAGAUAAUAAAAUAUGAUUGGAAGCACAGAAGAGGGUAGAUUCCCCCCCCCCCCAUAUUUUUAUAAAGGAUAAAGGAGUGAUAUGUCAGACUUUUCUCCAAUCUAGUUUGCUUAGCAUUUAAAAGCAUUUAUAGAUGAAACAGGGAAAAUAACUGUUUUUGCAAAUGGAGAUCAUUCCCAUCCCCUUCCCUUUCAAUAACUACAGAAUUGUUUCACUAUCUCCAGGUUUGAGUUAUGAUGCAUUAUUAUCUUACCAAGGACACACCAGUUUCUACACAAGGGAUAAAUAAUUCCAGGAUCUUGAAAGUGAAUUAUAACCAUCUCCAUCAACUCCAUUUAAUUGAACAAGAUCCAGGGGUGUGACUGGGGGCUUUUCCCCACUGACUAAUGAAAAAUUUAGUUUGGCUGUUUAGACAAGAGACCAGCAGAUGACUUGAGGGGAUUAGAAGUGAGAUAUUGACCGAAUGCUGACCCAAACUUGGGGCCAGAGCCAACAGUAGAACCCAGGAGUCCAAGAGUUCUGCCUCCAGAUCUACAUUUGAAAUCAGACAUUCUUGUUUCUUUGUUAUAUUUCAUUUAAAUGAAGGCUCAUAUCUUGGCAUCUUUUUUUAAAAUGACCCCCAUUCUAAGUAGAUGAUUACAGGGCAAACCAUGGAGUUCUUGAAGAAUACUCCUUCCAAUAAUCCAUCUGAAAAACUGUCUUAUAAGAAAUAGUAGCUACAUUAUUGUUUAUUUAAAAAUAAUUUUAUUUAUAGGGUUUUUAAAAAAUCUCCCUUCAGCUUUAGUAGAUUAAUACAUCCAAACUUCUAGCUUUCUUUGUGCACAGAGACAUUUUUAAAAUCCACUCCUCCCAAUUUUUUUCUAAAAUUCCCAUCUAUAUAAUUAAGCAAUGUAAUUAUUCUUGGAGAAGGCAGGUGGGGGCAGGGAGGAUGGAGCAGGGUGGAGGACAAACAGCCUUUGGACUGUACUUGGAUAUUGUGUACUAGUAUCCCCCUGUUGCAUUUGUUAACUGUUCAAAUAUGUGUGGUUUGGAACUCAAGUCAAAAGCUGUUCCAAGGCACAGCUCUGCUGGCUCAGGUUGCAUCUUUUGCUCUACGUGUCCUAGGCCACAUGAAUCUGUUCCCAAGUAAAGUUUAUGGAAAUUAUAGAGAUGGAGCCACAGUUUGUGUUGCCAUCAAAGCCACAUAGAGACCUAAGGAAAAACCCAUUAUUCCGCUUUGGGAUCCAUCCUAGCCUAUGGCCCUUGGCUUCAUAAAUAUCUUCAAUUCUAAUCUUUGAUGACCUGGGACAUGUAUGGCAUAGACCCCCAAGUUAACUGAAAAAGACUGCAAUAGGAAAGGAAGGAAUAAGCAUUUAUAUAGGGCCUGCUAUGUGCCAGGCACUGUGCUGAGCACUUUACAAAUAUUUCAUUUGUUCAUUACAACCCUGUGAUGUGGUUGUAGUUAUUAUGCCCAUUUUAUUAUUGAAGAAACUGAGACAGGCAAAGGUUAAGUAAUUUGCCCAGAAUCAUAUAGCCAGCAAGUAUAUAAGACCAUAUUUGAACUCAGGAGACCCCAAAGAUCUGGUAACAGGCAUUUUGUGAUAGAUGACAAGAUGCCAUUGUGGAUACAGGAGUACAGGGUUGUGGGUUAUGUAUUUAUGUUUUUUUGUGUUUUAUGUAUUCAUUUAUUUUUAAUAUACCAUCUGUUGUAGCCUUUGAGUUGUGAGGUAUUUUAAGGAAGUAGCAGAUUAUGAUUUAUGAGGCUGAACCCAAAGAUUUUUUUCUAAAAUAUUUCUUUACCUUUUUAUUGAAUAUCCCGUGCAGAGAAGGGGAGUAGAAGUGGGCAGUACUUGAAAUAUUUAAACUAAUUUAGCAAAGAUCAGGGAUAUGGAGUGUUGGAGCUUAGCUAGUAAUUUUAGAAAGAUAAGAGGGGAAGGGUGAAUUUGAAGGAUCAUGAUAAAUCAGUGUUUUAAGAACACCUAGGUCAGUAUUCUGAUGUCUUGGAAUCCCAGGUCCCUUGUCUUGUGUAGUCAGAUGUAAAUUCCAAUUGUUCUAAAAACCCUUUGAAUAACUUUUUCAUUAAUACCACAUGAAAGAUUUCACGUUGUAAAAUUAGGCUAAGGGUACUCUAACUGAUUUAGAAACUUUUUUUGGCCAUUGAUCUCUUGAAUAUAGAACUAAAGAGAAUUUUUCAGUUGAGUUUUUCUUAUAGUUGUAAUAUUAGCCCUUUUCUACAGUGAAUGGGGUUAGUAUUCUAACACACACAGAUUAACAGACAUAGAACCUGGGAGAAAUUAGGUUGAAUAGGUAGAAAAAAUUGUAAAUGUAUUUAGUAAACAAAUGUUCUUAUUUAUGACCUUGUGUUAUAUAAAUUGAAUAAAAUCACUGAUUCAGACCUUUUAGCAAUCUCCUACUACUAUUAGCUGUACCCAUAACAAAACAUUUAUAAGUAUACAUAAAAAUGGUGCAAAAUUUGGCAAGUGGGUUGACUUUUUUGAGAAACAUGCCAAUUAAUUGUCUUUGGUUAGAUCUUCCUUUCUAUGAAGGACUUGUCCAAUAAUGCUAAAGGUUGCUAUGGAACUGUUGCUAUUGACUGAUAUGCGGGUUUCAGCAAAAAGGGUUACCCUGUCUCCCAGCAGCAAUGGGAGGGGAUUCUGCUCCUUUUGUGAAGCAAACUUCUCUUCCCCACCUCCUGCCUGGGUUGUCUGGAAGUAGCCUGGGGAGCUUGAGGAAUUUCUUCUCACCUUUGAUUGUUCUUAGGGUAAAAGAAGGCACUUCAUUAAAUCUUUUUUUUUUUAAACCCUUACCUUCCAUCUUAGAAUCAAUACUGUGUAUUGGUUCUAAGACAGAAGAGCAGUAAAGGCUAGACAGUGGGGUUUAGUGAUUUGCCCAGGGUCACCCAGCUGGGAAGUGUCUGAGGCCAGAUUUGAACCUAGGACCUCCUGUCUCUUGGCUCUCAAACCACUGAGCCACCUAGUUGCCCUCUAUUAAAUCCUUUCUUAAGAGAAAUCCAGUUUUCUUGAACUCUACCCUGAUCAGAAUUUCCAUAAAUUCUAAGCGGUUAGAUGUUAAAUUAAUUGGGUUUUUCUAUAUCUUCAGAACAUAUAGUGACUUAUUCCCACCACUAUAAUUUUUUAAAAUCAAUCUUCAAGAUCAGAGAAUGAAUGACCUGAAGUUAUUCUAUGAUUGAGGAACUUAAUUCUGCCCCAGAGUGAAACAUCUCUCUUUUCUUCUUACACUUUUGCAAUUCUUCAGAAACAAAAACAGCAUUGAGAAUCUCAAUUGUGAAAUACAUCUCACUCUUUAGGUUGGUACUUAAACUGAUGGGUUUCCUCUCAGGAAGGAGCUGAAAUAAAUUGCUUUUUCUUUGCCUUUUGGAUCUCUCAGACAGGCCAGAAGUCUAAUUUUUUAGGCCUUCUAUUUUCCCUCUGUUUACCUCACCUUUUAAGUAGCCUCUUUUCACUCAAAAGCCCCAAAUGGUACAAUUCUUAUUAUAGUAUAACUUAGGAAAAACUCAGACCAAUGGCAGAGAAAAUGAGAAAGAGAGAAAAAACCACACACAUACACACACACACACAGAAAGUCUUCCCAUUUCUGAAAGGCUGUGAUUCAUUUUUCUACAAGAUUAUCUGUUAGGGAAAGAAAACGUACUUUUGUUGGUCAUGGUACAUUAGCAUCAUUUCUAGAAAGGAGACUGUCUAUCCCUUGCCAUUUUUGGCAUGAAAAGAUGACUGAUUUCAUGGAAAUAGCAAAACAUAACUAACUUCCAAAGCAAAGACUGGGAAAUCAGCUCAUUGACUUUAAAGCUUUUGCAACUUUGUGGGUACGAUUCUGGUGUUUGAGACAUCUGAUCUUUGGUCAUAUAAAACACAACUGAAAAUGUAAUUGCAUCUCCAAAAACAAAUCAUUUUGGCUUUCAUCAUCUAAAAUUAAAUAGCCAGCCUAGCCAUUGUAUGUCUGGAAUUGCUUCUCAAUGCAAUGAAAUGUGGUUCCCUCAACUCCUCCCCACCCCCUUUGCCAUUUCAAGACAAAGCCCAAUUAAUAUGUUCCCUGUGGCCCAAUUUUACUUCCAUAAGAUUUGCAUAGAAGAUUUUCAGUCUGAGCCCCUUGUUAUAUAGAAUGUUCCAAAUUUUCCUUUCAAACUUGAAUGUAUAUUCCAUGUGUUGGAGAAUAACCAGGAGCCAAUUCCCUUCCCUCCCCUUCGAUCCCCCCAUAUGGCAACAUUUACUGUAAAUGGAGAGCCUCUGUUAGGAACUAGAUUUUACUUAUUUUUAGGAUUUGAUGGAUAACCCUGUGUCAUUGGUGGUUUUCCUUUUCAAAAUUGCCCAUCUUUACUGGAAUGAAAUUGAAGGACUAACAUCCUUCAAAAGAAUGGAAAUUUCUACCUUAGAGGAGGAAUGGCAGUGCUAGGAAACAUGAAGGCCAGCAAGACAAUGCUGACCAAUGCUCAGCCAAGCUAUCAGAGACUUCAGAAUGUAGAUUCCAUUUGGAUGUGCCAUCUUUUAGAUUAUAAACUGAGGGAAUAUAGGAGUCCUUGAUUAAUGCAUCUCCUCUUUAAGAGCCAAAAUUGUGCCAUCAAGGGUCAGUGACAAUAGGAUGAGCCAGAUUUUGCACUUAAUCCGUAGAGUUGAGUUGAGUGAGAAGGACUCUAUCUAGUAAGUGGAGGAAUGGCAAGAACCUUAAUACUCACUAGCCAGGUCAUCUUUGGUAAGCCCUUUCAUUCACUGUCUAACCUACCCUACUCACCUCUCAGAGCUAUUGUCAAAGGAGCGUUUUUAAAUUGCAAAGACCUAUAUCAAUGUGAGCUGUUAUUGUUAUUUGGGAUCUGUUCACAAACUGCAUGACAGCCCUGAAGAUCACAACACUCCCAUUGGCAACUGAGCAAUAUGUAGCAAAAACUUAUCUGUUAAUGUUUUACUAAAGCCAAUAAUUUCUUGUGUUUUAGAAUAAUAGGGUCAGUUUAUUGUUGAGGGCUCUUCUUUGAGUGACUUUUGGAUAUUGUGAGUUAUUAGCAUACAAGAAAUGUAUUAGGUAAGUGACUAAUUUCACCAUACUCUCACCUUGCAGCAGAUCACCUCUGAAAGGCAUUUUAAAUAGAUUAAAAACUAAAUGGCUUUUGAGUGUCUUACCAAAUUUACAGUCUUAAUUAUAGAGUGUUAUUUUCAAGUUUAUAUUCUAUGACUCAAACUCAUCAAACUUGUUCAUUCAUUUCAGUCAUGUCCAACUCUUUGUGACCUUAUUUGGAGUUUUCUUGUCAAAGGUACUGAACUGUUUUGCCAUUUCCUUCUCCAACUUAUUUUACAGAUGAGGAAACUGAGGGGAAAGGGGCUAAAUGACUUUCCUCUCAGCUAAUCAGUGUCUGAGGCCAUUUUUUAACUCAGGUCUUCCUGACCCCAAGUCCAGUGCUUUAUCCACUGCACAACUUAGCUGCCUGAACUACAUGUAGAUAAUAAAAAUCUUGAGAGAGCUUAUUUCAAGGAUAGCUAAGAAUGACUUCAAGUUAUCAGGAUCUUUCAAAAAUGCUUGAGGAUGAUUAAAACAUUUUUUCUUAAGUAGUUUUGCCAUUUCCCCCCUUGUUCAGUUAGAUUUAUAUUUUUAUUUUGACUAGAUAGUCUUCCAUAUAUAGUAUGCCCAGUUGAGUCCAGCCUUUCUCCAUGUUGCUGUAGAUGCCCUAAAAGUAAACUGAAUUAAUGAAGUUUUAAUGUAUCUUCAGAAGUAAUCGCAUGGAUCUGAGUUUUUUUGGUGAAAUUCAAACAUAUGUGCAGUUCAUGAAGGAAAUAAUAAACUCAGAAUACCAUUCACAGUAGAAAUCUUGUUAAUUUUAAUUUUAUUCAUAUGAUAGAUGGAAAGUUGGCUCUUUAAAGUUUGGGUACCCUGGGAAGAUAUUAAAAGAAAAUCUCAUCAGUGCUGACAAUGCAGUAUUUAUUAGAAACUAAUGCCUGUGAUUUGAUAUCUUAUUUUCACUGUAUUGUAUUUAUUUUCAAUAUAGUAUUGUUCCAAACAACAGUUUUUAUUGUUUCCACAUUUUUCUACCUACUGCCAGUCAUAGAGAAUGUGCCAACUGCCAGAAAAAAAGGGAUUGGGGAAUGGAAAUAAUGUAUCUCUGGAGAGAUCUCUUCAGCAAACCGCCCUUUAAAAGGACUAUGUGCAUAAUGUUUAUUUAUCAAUUAAUAAAAUAUUGGAUGUUUAGUUCAUCUACAGAUGCUUUCCUGGUAUAUACAUAAUUCUAUAUGUACAUAUAUAGAGAACAUACUAGAAAUAACUGUCAAGUAAUACUUUUAAAAAGAUGUUCCUAGGCAUUGUUGAAAAGCCCAGUUCAUUUAUAUAUUAUGGUGUUUUUACAUAUGUAUAUAUACAUAUAAUCAUACAUGUAUAUGUUUAUAACCCAUACCCAUGGUCCAACACAAAGCAGGAAAUCAGUGUUAUAGUCUUUUGCAGAAUAAAAGAGCAAAGUGGAUUCCAGUUGGCCUGCAGUAUACUCAGUGUUCAUCUGAAUAGUUUAAAAUACUCUUUUUCUGUAGUAAAGGCCUUUUUUUGUCCCUAAAGCAACCAUUGGAGACUAAACAUUAAAGGAAACGUAUGUGCCUGAAAUGUUCUUUGAAAGAAGGACUAAUUCCAUGAGUUAUUUAAUAUAACCCAGGUUUUCUUCUAUGGUUAAUCUUCAAGAAUAGAACAAGAAUUUAAGUAAUGACAGUUCCUGCAACUUUUUCAAUGUUGAUCUCAUGAACGGAUCAUCAUGUAAUGAACAUGUCUUUUGCAACAUGGAGAAUACAAUGCUGUCAUUUUAUUCUUUGUCUUAAGAGACCUUUAGACUUGGAAUACUGUCCCAAGAGACCAUUUCAAAAUCCAUAUCCCAAAUAAUACCAUCAGCCUUGUAAUCCUUUCACAGUAGACCUUCAAUCCAAUGACUAAGACAGUGGCUGUUUAAACUUCUGGGAUCUACCAGGGUUCCAAGAAGAUGAAAUUGUUUUCGACAUUACCUGUUUUUAUCUCUGUACUAAAUACAUCCCCAGUGCCUAUCAUGUUUUCAUUCUUUCUACCUAUCCAUGAUUUUUUUUUUCCUUAAAAGACUUAACUCUACUUCCCAAGUUUUUCCUAUCAGGCGACUCCUUUUUUUGUGUUAUUUUUAUUAUAUUAAUAAAUUCAAAUGUAUGUUUCAUUGUAUUCUAAGGUUAUUUUCAUAUAUAUUCUGAUUUCUUCUCUGGAAUACAGUCUUUUCCAGGACCAAGAUUAUAUCUUUUAUUUCUUAUCAGUAUCACAUCUACCAACUCAGCACUAGGUACAGAGUUUUAUAGCAUUAAGAUUCCCAAUAAAUGUUGUUACCUGACUGAUUAAAAAAAUAACUCCAUACCAUAUUUCAACUAAGCAGAGCUUUCCCUCCUUACCACAAUUAUUAAUUUGAUUAACCUAUCCUCCUUGUCUUCUAGAUUAAUUUUCAAUUCAUGACACCAUAAAAUUACCUUCUGUGUAAUUUAAGAUUCACAUUUAAUCACCAUAUUUGUCACUAGCUACUUAAAAUACCUCUUACCCAGGGCUUGUGCCAGAGACACAUCAAGAAUAGGCUGCUUACAAAAUAUAGGCCCUCUCUAGAGUACUGAUCGUUUAGACAACAAACCUUAAGCUAUCUGUCCCUAUGUUCUUUCUUUGCCCUGGCCCCAUUAUAUUACUAGAAAGUAUUUGUUAUAGGAGAGAGAUUGUUACCAUUUAUAGCAGGUGACAGACCUCGACAUUUUCAUUAAAUAUAAUAUUAAUACUCCUGUUUGCAUAAGGUCAUCAUAGAGGCCCUUGGCCAGAAGACCCAUUUUUUUCUACACCAACCCAUUUUCAUUUUUUUCCAAUCUUAAAAUAUCUGUCCAACAGGAUUCUAUAAGAAAGAAUCUUGGUAUGUGUUUCAGCAGAAGGGUAAGGAAAGAAAAUUAGACUUAAGGUUAGAAGUAAGUUCUCUUCAAAAUCUUCUUUCUGCUUAAAACAAAAGAAAAAAAAUUAAUUUAUUUGAAUGUAUUUGAAUGUAUCUAUCUGGAGUACUUUAUUUUAAAGCUCUUGAGAAAUUUUCUCAAGCCCUUUCUUACCCUUUGGAGCAUUCAGAAUAAAAUAAUGCCUAAGAGCCCAAGAAUUUCUGCACUGAACCAUAUCUCUGACAUGUUUAGCUUGGAGAACUGUCUCAGAUAGCAACAUUCAGUGACACACUCAACUUCUACAACAUCACCUUCCAAGAUGGGAUACAGCUAUCUCCGAAUAUUGUAAUUUUCCUUAAUCCAUUUUCAAGAUACUGAAUUUCUAUAACAUUUCCAGUUUUGAAAUUUAGUUUACACAUUAUAGGAAGAACAUUGACAAGCCAGUACAUAUCCAAAGGAAGUCAAUUGUAACAGUGAAGGAAAUAAAGAAUAUUUUAUUGGAGGUGUUUAACCU